AUGCUGACGGGAUCGAUUGAACAGAACAUCGCGGCUACAGCACUCUUCCUUGCGAACAAGACCGAGGAGAACUGCCGGAAGACGAAAGAAAUCAUCAUCACCGUCGCAAAGGUCGCCCAGAAGAAUCCUAAGCUCAUGAUAGACGAGAUGAGCAAGGAGUACUGGCGGUGGAGGGACAGCAUUCUUAUGUACGAGGAGCUCAUGUUGGAGUACCUGACGUUUGAUCUCGUGGUCGAGAACCCAUACCAACGUCUCUUCGAGCUUCUCGGUCAGCUUGAUAUCGUCCACAACAAGCACCUCCGGCAGUCGGCUUGGGCAUUCUGCAGCGACGCUUGCCUUACGUCAAUUCCCCUGCUGCUUGAAGCCCGCGAUGUUGCCAUCAGCGCGAUCUUCUUCGCCAGUGUGCAUACCAAUCAGAAGAUUGAAGAUCUCAAUGGCGAGCCGUGGUGGAGGGCAUUGAACGGAAACGAAGAGAAGUGCGCAAAAGCCAUUGACAUUGUGCGACAAUUCUAUACCGAGAACCCGCUUCGCAAACAGAACCCGUCGUUGCCAUCGCCGGCCUUCGACUUGGCCAAUACUAGGCAGCCAAGAGACCCGAUGAGCCAAGACGCUCUGUCGUCCACGGCAGGCACGCCCUUUGAACUGGACAGGGGGACACAGAGCCCAAGAGCUAGGGUUAAUGGCCGGGACGAUGUCACCAAUACCGAAUCAGGCUCACAGGCCACGCUGAAGGAGCCUGAGAGGCCGAACGGCAACGGCGCUACUUCUCCCGGCAAGCGGAAGGAAGUCGAUUCGGACUCUGAGGGCAGGGACCAGAAACGGGCACGGCUCUCGGACGAGGACGAGGGAGAGGUUUUGGACUAG